AUGAAUUGCACUUUUCAUUUUCAAAAUCAAAUAUCGUUGAUCUGUAGAGCUCCUCAUAAAUGUGAAUGUUAGAGAAAACUUUGUGCUGAAUGUCAAGAUAUACAUGGAGUGGAUCCAAAAUAUAUAGUAUCAGUUAAAAAAUUUCGAGAAAUGGUUAACAAGAAAUUAACAGAAGUAAAGUUUGGUGAAUCAUCAUCAGAGUUAACCAAAUGGAGAGGGGCUUUUAAAUCCUUGCUCUCUCAAACGGAGUCGAUGUUCUAAAAAAUUUGGGAAGGAUUAUCACAAUCAAUAAAGCAAGUUUAUGAUCUGAUUGAAAAGGAAAACCAAUUAUUCUACAAUCUCAUCAACGAAAAUACCAAUCUAGCUGAAUCUUCCUAUGCUGAUAUAGAAAAAUUAGUCAAAAUUGUAGAAGGAACAACUUUAGAUGAAUGGAAUGAUUCAAAGAAUUCUUAUAUGAUGAAGUUAGAUGAGACCAAAAAAUGGUGGGACCAUCACAUUCAUGCUUCUAUAGAAAAGUUAAAGGAAGGAAUUGAACUGUUAAAAUCUUUAAUAAAGUAAGUAUUUAUAUCAUAUUUCUAGGGAAGUAGAGGAAGAUAUUUAUUUUACGAAAACAGAUUUAUUUGAAAUGCUAACCUACCUUCAGGAUAUAGAUGAAACUCUCUAUAAGAAGAUUCUUGAAAUACUUAGAAGAGAAAAAGUGUCAGACAUCUUUGGAUUCAUUUAGAUGGCAAAAAAUCAAAACUUGUAUGAAUCUCUAAUCAAUAAGCAAGAAAAUAUAAAGGAGGUAAAGAAGUAAAUAAAGAAAAUCACAAAUGUUUUGAACAAUAUUUAGAAUCAUAAAUUUAAUUAAAAUGACUAUUCUUCUGAGAUUUAUGAAAAGACAAGAUCAGAACUAAUAAAGAAGAAGGUUAAUAAGGGGAUCAUAGAUUUUAUCAAGUUUUUAGUUCUUAUUACCAGCAUAGAUGGAAAAUUUAUUUAAAGUGGGUCGAAUGGAUUAAGUUUAUUAGUAGACAUGAAGGUAGAUCUCAAGAAUUAAUGCUUUGAAAAUAUCAGGAUCAAGAAUGCUUCUUUAAUUGGAGGUAAUUUUGUUAGAUGCAACUUGAGUGGAUCUGAGUUUGACAAUGUAGAUAUUAGUGGAGUCAACUUGAAUGGCGCUUAGAUGUUUAAUUGUUAAUGGAAGAACAUUAAAAUAAAUGAAUUGAAUAAAUUAGAUGGUCAUAGUAGUUGUGUGAAUUCGGUAUGUAUUUCACCUGAUGGAAAUACAUUAGCAUCUGGUAGUGAUGAUUAGUCUAUCCGCCUAUGGGAUACCAAAACAGGAUUAUAAAAAGCUAAAUUAGAUGGUCAUACUAAUUUAGUUAUGUCAGUCUGUUUCUCUCCAGAUGGAAAUACAUUAGCUUCUGGUAGUUAUGAUAAAUCCAUCCGUCUUUGGGAUGUCACAACAGGAUAAUAACAGGCCAAAUUGGAAGGUCAUACUCACAAUGUCAACUCAACCUGUUUUUCUCCUGAUGGUAAUACAUUAGCUUCUUGUAGUUGGGAUACCUCUGUUCGUCUUUGGGAUGUCAAAACAAGAUAAUAAAUAGACUAAUUUGAUGGACAUACUAGAACUGUCUACUCAGUCUGUUUCUCUCCUGAUGGAAAUACAUUAGCAUCUAGUAGUUUUGAUAACUCUAUCCGUCUUUGGGAUGUCCGAACAGGAUAAUAAUAAAAAGCCUAAUUAGAUGGUCAUAAUGAUUAUUUUAAAUCAAUCUGUUUCUCUCCUGAUGGAAAUACAUUAGCUUCUUGUAGUGUAGCAAACUCUAUCUGUCUAUGGGAUAUCAAAAAAGGAUAAUAAAAAGCCUAAUUGGAUGGUCAUAGCGAUGUGGUUAAAUAAGUCUGUUUCUCUCCUGAUGGUAAUACAUUAGCUUCUGGCAGUUGGGAUAACUCAAUCCGUCUAUGGAAUGUCAAAACAGGAUUAUAAAAAGCCAAAUUGGAUGGUCAUACUAGUGGAAUCUUAUCCGUUUGUUUCUCUCCUGAUGGAAAUACAUUAGCUUCUGGUAGUUAUGAUAACUCCAUCCGUCUUUGGGAUGUCAUAAAAGGAUAAUAAAAGGCCAAAUAAGACAGUCAUAGUGAUUAUAUUCCCUCAGUCUAUUUCUCUCCGGAUGGAAAUACAUUAGCUUCUUGUAAUUAUGAUAAAUCUAUCCGUCUUUGGGAUGUCAAAACAGGAUAAUAAAAAGCCAAAUUAGAUGGUCAUAGUAACUAUGUUAUGUCGGUCUGUUUCUCUCCUGAUGGAAAAACAUUAGCAUCUGGUAGUAUAGAUAAGACUAUUCGUCUAUGGGAUGUCAAAACAGGAUAAUAAAUAGGAAAAUUGGAUGGUCACAGUGAUUAUGUUAUAUCAGUUUGUUUCACUCCUGAUGGAAAUACAUUAGCAUCUGGUAGUAUUGAGAAUUCUAUACGACUAUGGAAUUUAAAGAAAGGAUAAGAAAUUAAAUACUCCGAUAAAAAUUACAAAGAUCUUCUCAAAUAAUUUAAGAUUCCACUCCAAUAAAAUAGUCCUCUUUCAUGUAAUAUUUACAUUUUCCUAUUUUUAGUUCCCACUAGCACUACUACUCUCCUUAUAUCCUAAUAGGCAAUAUUUCAAGCUAAAGAAGCUUUAAUCUUAAAAGGAGAUUUUAUAAAUUAAGAAGGAUAAAAUUUAAGAUAAUUAUUUAAAUCAUCAGGAAGUUGCUUUUUAGAAGACUUAAAGUAAUAGUCAAUUUGA